CGAAAAUCCUGUCCUUUUUUCACCAAUCCCACCACGUUACACUUGGCUCGUUGCCCCAGAGAAGGUGUCACACCCCCUGAAGUGCGAUCGUGUGCGAUGUUCCCCCAGGUGUGGGUACUUGAUAUUUUUUCCUCUUAAACCUCCGCACGUCUCCGAGCCUUGAAAUCUUGAACGUCUUCCUUCCACCCAGUUCCAAACCGACGGCACUCCCCCCCACCCUCCCCUUUUCUUUGUCGAGCCUCCGAUCUUGUCUUACACCAAGGACCAUCCACGCGACGCUAGCAUGGCGGAAUCCAAGGUGCAAGACACCAUUGCGCCGGCGGAGGUGGCCCCGCGAUACCCCUCAGAUGGCCAGGAGGGCCAUGAGGGCUGGACCUCUGAUUCCUCGAUGAAGACGAUUAUUCAGAAUGCAAAGGCGGCGACGGAAAAGGAGCAGAGUAUGAGUUUGCUGCAGGGGAUUAAGCUGUAUCCGAAGGCGGUUAUGUGGAGUGUGAUUAUCUCGACUUGCAUUGCGAUGGAGGGAUACGAUAUCAGUUUGGUGAACAAUUUCUAUGCUUUUGAUCAGUUCAAUCGCAAGUAUGGUGAACAGUUGCCGGAUGGUAAAUAUCAAGUACCGGCUAGGUGGCAAUCGGGUUUGAGUAACGGUGCCUACGUCGGCGAGAUUAUUGGUCUAUUUAUCAACGGUUGGGCCUCGGAGCGUUUUGGAUACCGGUAUACGAUUAUGGCCUGUCUUGUUCUGGUCAGCGCAUGGACGGCGAUCUUCUUCACAGCCAAGAAUGUCCAGUCUCUCCUCGCGGCGGAGAUUCUGUGUGGUGUUCCCUGGGGUGUAUUCCAGACCUUGACGAUUACUUACGCCUCCGAGGUGUGCCCCGUCGCACUUCGUGGAUACUUGACCACCUAUGUCAACUUCUGCUGGGGUCUUGGCCAGCUCAUUGGAAUUGGUGUGAUCAAGGGAAUGCUCAAUCGGGAUGACCAAUGGGCCUACCGAAUUCCAUAUGGUUUGCAGUGGAUGUGGCCUCUACCUCUGUUCAUUGGCAUUUUCCUUGCCCCCGAGUCCCCUUGGUGGCUGGUCCGACGAGGCCGCACUAAGGAUGCCAAGCAGGCUCUGGAGCGAUUGACCAGCAAGGACCGCGAUACGGACUUUGAUGCCGACGAGACAAUCUCUAUGAUGGUGCAUACCACGGCCCUGGAGGCUAAGAUCACCAAGGGUGCCAGCUAUCUUGAUUGCUUCAAGGGGACUGAUUUGCGCCGAACGGAGAUUGUCUGCAUGGUCUGGGCCAUUCAGAACCUGAGUGGAAACUCGUUCUCAAACUAUUCCACCUACUUCCUGGAACAGGCCGGUCUUGACUCGUCUAACGCCUAUAAUUUCGCUAUGGGUCAGUACGGCAUCAACAUGGUCGGUGUCUUUGGAGCGUGGUUCCUGAUGACCCUGGGAAUCGGUCGUCGCACUCUGUGUCUAUACGGUCUAUGUGGACUGUGCGCUAUGCUUCUGGUCAUGGGAUUCCUCGGCCUCGUGCCAGACUCUCACCGCGAUCAAGCGUCUAUGGCCACCGGCGCGCUCAUGCUUGUCUGGGCCCUCUUCUACCAGCUCACUGUCGGUACUGUCUGCUACUCACUAGUAGCCGAGCUCUCCACCCGACGAUUGCAAAUCAAGACGGUCGUUCUCGGCCGCUGCUUGUAUAACGUUGUCGGCAUUAUCUGCGGUGUCCUCACCCCCUAUAUGCUGAACCCCGGCGAGUGGGACUGGGGCAACUACGCCGGUUUCUUCUGGGGCGGCAUCUGCUUCUUAUGUAUUAUUUACACUUACUUCCGUGUCCCGGAGCCCCGUGGUCGCUCUUUCGCUGAGUUGGAUAUGCUCUUUGAGCGUGGUGUGAGCGCUCGCAACUUUGCCACCACCGAGGUCAACGUGUUUGAUGAGUCUAUUGAAGGCCGCGUCGUUGAUGAUUACCGGGCGCAGAAGAAUGCUACGAAUGACCCCAGCCAGGUCGAGAAAGACGCUGGCAUUGCAUGA